GCGGCUUGCAUUGGUCAGAAGAGAAUUUUUAACAACUGCAGGUUCAGUUUUGCGUUUUUACUUAAAAUAUUUGUUAUCUAUAAUGAACUCCGAACAUGUGGAACUCCCAUCCUAUAACUAUUUUGCCACCGCACCUCCGGCAGAGACGGUUCUGAACCAGUCACCUCCUCGCCAACCUUAUACGCAGGUUCCUGAAUCGUCACCGACACAGCCGAUGUCACCACAACAAUCCGUGGUGAUCACUAUCCAAAACCCGGUUCCGGUGAGCACAGUAGUUUGUCCCUCUUGCCAAAAGCCGAUUCUCGUUCUUCAUAAACAACACCGUACUGGAAGGACUUACUGCUUCUCUGCGUUGCUCUGCUUUUUCCUUCCAUAAUCUAAUCUUUUCCCCCCAGUUGCUGGCCCUGCGUCUGCCUCCCUUGCUUCUUCAAGUUGGGCUAUAAAACCUCAAAAUUCUGCCCCCAGUGUAACGCCAAUUUGGGAACAUUUUGAAGACGUUACUUAUAUAUAAUGCACUUAUGUGCAGA